AUGAAUAACACUCUACUUGGCGCAGGUCAAAAGAAAGAAAAACACCUAACAAAGCCUGAAGUUGGUCACUUUAGAGCACAGGGAGUGCCUCUGAAGAGAAAGCUAAGGGAAUUUCCUGUCACUGAGGAUGCGCUUCUUCCUGUUGGCACAACCAUCACAGUUCGCCACUUUGUGCCUGAACAAUUUGUUGAUGUCACUGGAAUCACGAAGGGGAAAGGGUGUAAUGAAAAAAAUAUGAUUUCAGUGGGAUGCCUGCGUCACAUGGGGCAUCUAAGUCGCAUCGCAGUGGUGGCUCUACUGGUCAAAGAGAUGCUCCUGGAAGGGUACGUUAUAUAA